UCUUGUAAAAAUUAUAAAAAUCUGAAAAUAGUAUUAUUAUUGUGUUAAAACAAUCUCAUAUCGAAAGUGAAAGUUCGAGACCGGUGUCGGAAUUAGAGCUAAUGGCGAGUAAUCACGUGAUGAAUGCGCAACCUGAGUUUUUAGUCGAUGAAACCAAAAGCUAUUUGUAUAAUAAAUUAUGGAGGUUAUGUGCUGGACCUUUGGUUGGUCUUCCGAAAUUUGGAGAAAAAGUUUACUACUUUCCUCAAGGACAUAUAGAGCAGCUUGAAGCAUCUACAAAUAAUGAGUUGGCCCAAAUCCAACCACUUUUUAAUAUUCCUUCAAAGAUUCCAUGCAAUGUUAUUGGAAUUAAGCUAAAUGUAGAAAAACAUACAAAUGAAUUGUAUGCCGAAGUGGCUUUGCUGCCAGAUACAGUUGAAGUUGGAAUCCCUAUUCCAAAUAGAAAUCAAGAAAAUCUACAAUCUUAUUACUUCACCAAAGUUUUAAGUGUUUCUGAUACAAGUCCACAUGGUGGAUUAUCGGUUCUAAGAAAACAUGCUCUUGAAUGUCUUCCCCUUUUGGAUAUGUCUCAUCCUACCCCAACUCAAGAAAUAAUUGCCAAAGAUCUACAUGGCCGUGAAUGGAGAUUUAAACAUAUAUUUAGAGGUACACCGCGUAGACAUCUUUUCACAACUGGAUGGAAUGCAUUUGUGACCGCAAAUCAUUUGGUCGCUGGAGACUGUUUUAUAUUUCUUAGAGGAGAAAAUGGGGAGACGCUAAUUGGAGCUCGAAGAGUAGCUCAUCGAGACGACAACAUACCUUUGUUACUUAUUUCUUCACAUACUAUAUACCAUGGAGUAAUAGCUUCUGCAAUGAAUGCUAUUGAUACCAAAAGUAUGUUUACUGUGUUUUAUAAGCCAAGGUCAAGCCAGUUUAUUGUAAGCUUUGACAAAUUUUUAGAUGCAGUGAACAACAAGUUUAAUAUAAAUUCAACAUUUACCAUGUUGUUUGAGGAUGAUGAAUUUAAUGAAAAAAGAUACUAUGGAAAAAUUACAGAAAUAGAAGAUUUCUCUUCUUAUUGGAGGAAUUCUGAAUGGCGAAACUUAAAAGUGCAAUGGGAUAAAGCUGCAUCAAUUCAAACACCUAAUAGAAUUUCAUCAUGGGAUAUUGAACUUUUAGCACCUUCAUCAAGUGUUCUUGAAUCAUCAUUACUUAAGAACAAACGUCAAUGUCAACUUGUUGAAAUCAGUUCAAAUUUGUGGACUCCAACACUAACUCAAGGCCAGGAAAUUGGCCAAUCAAGCAUGAAUGCUCUAACAAAUUCUCCGCAAUUUAGUUAUCACGAUUCAGUUGAUGAUUCUAAGAUUUCAUCUGGUUGGCUAAUGAAUUACAUAGUCCCAACCAAUGAAACUACUGCUGCAGCCACUGGGUACAAAUUGUUUGGAGUGGAUCUAGAGGCUCCCACCAACUCAAAAGAUAUUGAGGGACUAAUUGACACAAACGAAAAGUCAGAAAUUUCAAAAAUCUAUGAAGAAAAUAAGUUUGAUCAAACCCAAGGUUUUACAAUACCAAAAAAAACCAAAAACAAGCAAAUCAGCUCUCAUAGAAGUCGUACUAAGGUUCAGAUGCAAGGUAUAGCCGUAGGGAGAACAGUGGAUUUAACUGUUCUUGGUGGAUACAAUGAGUUGAUCGACGAGUUAGAGAAACUCUUUGAUCUUAAAGACAAACUGCGUAUACCUAAUCAAUGGGAAAUAAUUUUCACAGACGAUGAAGAAGAUAUGAUGCUGGUCGGAGAUGAUCCAUGG